AUGUUCACCCCCGUUCACACCUCCCUCGGUGCCCUGUUACUCUUCCAGGGCUCAUCGGGGCUACUCGUCCAUAACGGAGCGGUCUUUGGAAUUUCCUCACUCCUUUCCGGUUCGGUUUUCAAUCCAAAUCAAGAUAAUGUUCCCAUUAUCGCGGGUUUGGUCUCCAGCGUUCUGCCGGUGUACUUCCUGGCGCCGUCCUUGAUCCCGAGCUACCCUGCUGCUCCGCAUACUUUGGCCUCCGUCGCGGCAACGCUGGGUGUGGGUAUCCUACUAGGAUGGGGAACGAAGAAUGGUCGCGGCUGCACUUCGGGCCAUAUGCUGUGUGGUCUUUCCCGUCUCUCGCCACGCUCGUUGAUUUCGACAGCUCUCUUCUUUACUACCGCCCUAAUCACAGCAAAUGUCGUCUCCGGUGGUAACAAUAUCCCGUCUUGUGGUGAUCUCCCUUGCUACACGCCAGUAUACCCAUCAUCGCCAGAGAUGGCCUUCAUGGCUGGGUCACUGCUUCUAUCAACCAUCACAAACUUCAUCGUCGUACCAAAGGCGCUGCAGCGAUCAGAGGAAAACAAGACUCUCUUCGCAUAUCUGGCAGGACUGGAGUUUGGCCUCGGUCUGUUGAUCUCCGGCAUGGCGGACUCCGCCAAGGUUCUGCGUUUCUUCGCUAUCCUAAGUGAUCCUUCCCGCUGGGAUCCAUCAUUGGCACUGAUCAUUCUUUUCGGAAUCGGUCCAUCGCUAGUCACUUUCUUGACUCAUAAGCCGGGCCAGACAGCCGAGAAAGAACAUGAACCGACAAAGCCUACGUUGGCCGAGAAAUGGCGACUGCCCACCGCUACUGUGUCCGAUAUUGACUGGCGUUUCGUGGCUGGUUCGAUCGCCUUUGGUGUUGCUUGGGGUCUGCAAGGAGUGUGUCCCGGUCCAUCAAUUCUUCGCUCGGUUCUCCAACCAACCUGGGGACUGGCGACGAUGACUGGAUACAUGUUGGGCAAUUUGUUCUAG